ACAAUUCGAUCGGAGAACUCAGUCCAAAGGAUUUAUUCGAACAACUUGAAUGUUUCUUCUAUCGAGUGUUGUUGUUGGUGGUCUAUUUGUGAAGCGUUGCUGUUAUUAUUCAAAAAGUCAGAAAAUAUUUCAAAGAGAAGCAAUUGUAAUGGCUAGUACAGGUAGAAAAAUUUCAAAAAAGAUACAACCUCGAGAACAAAUGGAUGGAGAAGGUGCUCGUGUGUUUCGUUCGAUCGGUACUACGUCACUUCGCAACUUGGACCCUUUUCUUAUGUUGGACGAAUUCAGUGUCAAAGCACCAGCAGGUUUUCCUGACCAUCCUCACCGAGGAUUUGAGACAGUUACUUAUAUGUUGGAAGGUUUCUUUCGACACGAAGAUAAUCGUGGGCACUCGGGAGUUAUAGGACCAGGAGAUGUUCAGUGGAUGACUGCAGGUAGAGGAAUUAUUCACAGUGAAAUGCCUCAAGGAAAUCAAGUUGGUCAUGGCCUACAACUUUGGGUUAAUCUUGCUGCUAAAGAUAAGAUGGCAGAACCAAAGUAUCAAGAGUUGGUUUCCAAGGAUAUACCUUGUGCAACGACUGAUCUUUAUAUGGUCAAAGUAGUUGCAGGUCGUUUCCAAGAUGUACAAGGCAAAGUUUAUACCCGAACACCCAGUAUGUUUUUAGAUAUCGAAAUGAAACCUGGUUGUGAAUUGAAGCCUGAAAUACCUCCACAUUAUCGAGGAUUUAUAUACGUGAUACAAGGCAAAGCAUUGUUCGGGAAGGAGGCUAGCCUUGGAAAUGCACACGAAUUAUUGAUAUUGGAUGAUGGAGCAGAUAAUGCCAUUAUCUGUCAAACAAAAGAGGAUGGUUGUCGUUUUGUGUUAGUAGCAGGACAACCUUUGAAUGAGCCCAUUGUUCAAUAUGGACCUUUUGUAAUGACUAGUCAAGAAGAUAUCAAACAAGCUUUUCAAGAUUAUCAAAGUGGAAAGUUUUCAUACUGAACCAAGUUUGGCAUGAAAGUAUUUCCAUGAAUA